AUGGUUUGAUGUCUAGGGAAACAAACAGACCAGUCCAGCGUCGGCAAUGUCCUGGCUCUCGAGAUCGCUGGCCAACUCUCUUGCCCCCGACCACCGUAGCGACGGCGGUGAAGGCAGCGGCGGCAGUAGCGUUGCGGAAUCAAGGGACGAUGGCAGAUCUUUCCGAUCGGACAAGGGAAGCGGAGUGGACGAGAAGGAGGAAGAUGAUGAUGCCGGCCGGGGCGUCAAGGAAGACAUUUCUGAGCUCUCCCAAACCCUAGCCCGCCAAUUGUGGGGCGUCGCCUCUUUUCUUGCCCCUCUUCCCCAGUCCGCCGUCGAUGAGGCCCCCCCUGAUCCGGCUGUUCUCAGCGAGGCGGAGCAGCCGACGGAGGAACCUGAUUCGGCAGCGGUAGCGGGAAUCCGGAAUGAUUUCGCUGAGAUUGGUGGGAGAUUCAGGUCCGGGAUAUCCAAGAUCUCCGGCAAUAUGGGCGUCUCGGAAAUAUCCAAGUUCGCCUCCAACUUCCUUCCAUUCCGGGACGAAGAAGAGGAGGAGCGGGCAGAGGAGGAGGAAGAAGAUGAUAGGAACUUCGGUUCUGGAGCUAUUGGUAUUACGGAUGAAGUGAUGUCCUUUGUCCAUAACAUCUCGAUGCAUGCUGAGACAUGGUUGGAUUUCCCUCUCUUAUCAGAUGACGAAGAUUCUGAUGAUUUUCACAUGUCUGAUGCCCAACUUGAGCAUGCAUAUACUAUUGAAUGCUUUUCACCAAGAUUGGCUGCUUUAAGAAUUGAACUUUGCCCUAAUAUCAUGAGUGAAGGGAGCUUUUGGAAAACCUAUUUUGUGCUUUUGCAUCCUAGACUAAAUAAGCAAGAUGCAGAACUUCUCUCAACACCUCAGGUCGUGGAAGCCAGAACUAUGUUGUUGCAGAAAUUGCAGCAUCAGAGCAAGUCAGAUUCACCAAAACUGGUGGAUGUUUCCCAUGGGAAGUCUGAGACAUCAUUUCCAUUUUCAAAGCCAGCCAUAACCUCAAAGGAUGCAUUUGAUACCUUUCCAUCGGAGAACCCACAAACUGAAUCCUUGCAUGAGGAUAGGCACCCAAACCCGAUCAUAGCAAGUUGGACAGCUACUAACCAAACUGUUGCUGAAGAGAAGAGACAGAAUAAACACCUCAAUAAGUUCAAUGUUGCCUCCAACAUCUCUGUUGAGGAGACAGAUGAUGAUGACUGGCCAGAAGAUGAGGAUGGAGAUACGACACCAAGGAUCAUCAGCAUCCCUAUCGAUGAAGAUGUGUCUUUUAGCGAUCUCGAGGAAGAAGAUGAAAAAUAUGCGCCGAAAGCUUUGAAAACAUGAGAGCGAUUACAAUCCUGUUGAGACUGUAUGGAAAAGGCUCGACACCGCACUGUUGUUGUCUCAGUGGUAACAGCUCUGCAUUGAUGGUGUGAAUCAAAUGCUCGUCUUUAUAGACAAUUGUUCAUUACAUGAUUACUUAAUUUGUAAUCUUUAUUGUUCUCUUGUACAUAUUACCCAAUAUGCUCAGCUUGAAUCAGUUGAGACUAUGUAUUCGUUUGGAGCAUUUCCAGUCGUAAUGUAGCUUGAAAUAUUUCAGCUUUUUAUAAACUAGUAAUCAGUUUUGUAUCGACAA